AUGGUGUUCAUGGUAUUCCUCAUGUGCUAUUUCGGAAAGGUCUUUUUUAUGCUGUUCUGGUGGGUCUUCUACGGAUUCCUCACUGUGAUUUCCCUAACCUGCUGGACAUGGGCCAAGGAGAACGCUGCCAAGUGUUGGGCAGAGGGAGUGGACACCCUAUGCAUGCUGAUCAUCAUCAUCACAGUCAACAAACUGGCCGUGUUCUUGGGUUACAUGUUUUUCAAAUGGUACUUCCAGCUGAAGGAGGGCACCGAGUGGUUCCAACAUUAUCUUGUGGGAAUCUGGGGUGUUGAAGAUUAUUUUACCAGACAGAUCGGAAGGUGGGCCAAGGACCUCGAAGAUGUGCAGGACUGGGGGGCCGAGUUUGAGAAGGGCGAGCCACCCCCAGAAAACGCCGUUGUCCAGGGCCUCGACUUCCUUGCUACAAUGUUGACGGGUCUAAUGAAAGAUAAAGAUGGACAUGCGCCCAAGGAAACAAUAAGCGGAUCUGGGCUGAAGGCCUUCAUCGGUAUUUUCCAGAUGGAAGCGACUUGCACCUUAGUGAUUUCAGUACAAAUCAUGACCAUCGUCAUGGCCUACCGCUGGGUCGAGAAUGACGGCAAAUUUCUCCAAGCCUUCCGGCAAACACUGUUCAACAGGACACUUGAGAAGUACUUCGGGGGCUUCCUUACUGAGGACCAGCUUGAGAUGAUCAACCGCUUCUGGACAUUUCUCUGA